AUGCGUUCCUUCAUCGUCGCCUCCCUCGUGGCCGCCGCCACCGCUGCCGUCCACAAGAUCAACGUCGGCCAGGGCGGUCUGACCUUCACCCCGGACUCCGUCACUGCCGAGAUUGACGACAUUGUCGAGUUCCACUUCGUCGGUGGUACCCAUGAUGCCGGCACUCCCGGCAACACCAACGUCUUCCACGUCGUCGUCAACUCCACCGAGCCCCACUUCUACUACUGCUCCGUGGGCAUGCACUGCGCCAAUGGCAUGGUUGCCGUCAUCAACCCCAGCGAGGACCAGACCAUUGCUGCCUACAAGGCUGCCUCCCAGGGCAAGCCCGCUACCGCUCCCAACGCUGUCUAUGGCGGCGAGUUCGGCGAGCCUCUCCCAUAA